CAGAAUUUCAGAUUCCUCUUUCCACCAUCUUUACUCCUCAGUUUUUCUAUAGUUUGAAUUACAGAAAGAUCAUAACGCCAUACCUGAUAAGAUCACCAUCAUCUCCCCAGAUUUUUGCUCUCAAGAGUCAAGACAGCCUUUGCAGAUUUCUGCAGUAUGGCUUCCUCUUCUGCUAUUCAGCUGAAAAAACAUUAUGAUGUGUUUAUUAGUUUUAGAGGCACGGAUACACGAAAGAAUUUUACCAGCCAUCUCCUUGCUGCUUUAAAGCGACAUAAAAUCGACACAUACAUAGAUUACAGACUGGAGAGGGGAGAUGAAAUCAAAAAAUCUCUACGAACAGCAAUCAAGAAAUCAAAGAUCUGUGUGAUCAUUUUCUCACAAGACUAUGCAUCUUCUCCAUGGUGCUUGGACGAACUUGCUUAUAUAAUGGAACGCAAGGAAAGAUAUGAAGGGCUUGCCAUACCUAUUUUUCAUGAAAUGAAUCCAUCACAUGUCCGGCACCAAACUGGAGAUUAUGCCACUGUGUUUGCCAAACAUGAGGAAAGAUUCGAGGACAGUCAGGUUCUCAAGUGGAGGGCAGCUUUGACAAAAGCAGCAAAUCUAUCCGGGUUUGAUUCAACUUCAAGCAAUGUCAGGGAUGAUUCUGAUUUAGUUGAGCAAGUCGUCAUAGAUAUUUCCAAAAAAUUGAAUCGUGGAUCCUCAAGAGAUUUGACAGGCUUGGUUGGCAUUGAAAGUCGGAUUCAGCAAGUUGUGCAGGAAUUAGACAUUAUCCCAGAAGAUUGUCGCAUUCGCUUUGUAGUCAUUUGGGGGAUGGGUGGUAUUGGCAAGACCACCCUUGCUGAUGCUGUAUUUCACAGACUCUAUUCUCAAUUCGAAGGUGCCUGUUUUCUUGCAAAUGUUAGGGAAAAAUCACAGGCCAAAGGAGUUGUCUCUCCUCAAUUGUAUCGUUUGCGAGAUAAACUUCUUCGCAAAUUAUUAGGGGAAGAAACACCACCUAUGGAAAGUCAGACUAUAGACAGUUAUUAUAAAGAGAGGCUCCAGUGUACAAAAGUCCUUGUUGUUCUUGAUGAUGUGAAUGAUUCGGUCCAAUUAGAAUUUUUAGCCGGAGAUCAAGUUCCAUUUGGUCCAGGAAGUAGAAUCAUUAUAACAACUCGAGAUAGGCAACGAGUUAGGGAGAUGCAAGUAGUGAGGAAAGGAACUGACCAUGAUGUUAAGAUAUACAAGAUUGAGGAAUUAAAUGGUGAUGAGUCUCUUCAGCUCUUCUAUUCGAAUGCUCCCAGAGAGUCCAGAGAUGUCUAUUCUCCAGAAUUUUUAAAAAAGGUGGUAGAUUCUGCUGCUGGCAUUCCAUUAGCCCUUAAAAUUUGGCAUCCCUUAUUUCUUAGAUGCAAGAGGAAAGAAGAACUGGAAGAAUUAUGGAAUAAAAUGAAAAAGUUUCCCAACAAAGAUCUUCACAAUGUAUAUCGAGUCAGUUAUGAUGUAUUAGAAGAAAAUGAGAGGGAAGUAUUUCUUGAUAUUGUCUGUUUCCAUAAAGGGGAGGGAGUGCGUUCUGCAAAAAGGGCAUUGGAUGCAUGUGGUUUGUUUGCAGAUAGUGGAAUCAAUAUUCUCAUAGAUAUGUCUCUCAUAUCCAUCAAAGGCAAAACUCUUUGGAUGCAUGAUGUGAUACAAGAAAUGGGUUGGGAGAUUGUCCGCGAACAAGGAACAAAAGAGCCUGGAGGGCAGAGGAGGUUGUAUACUCGAAAGGAUGUCUGUCAUGUACUUGAAAGAAAUACAGGAACUGGAAGAGUUAGAAGUAUAGCCUUAUGCAGAAUUUUGGAUGAUUCAGCCUCGUUGGCUUCUCAGAUAUUGACAGGGAGCCAUACAAAUCAAGAUUUCUUAGAAAAGUAUAAAGCCUUGUUGACUGAUCAAGACUUCAUACACAAUCAUAACAUAAAGUUGACUCCUCAAGCCUUCACAGGAAUGCAUAAUCUAACAUUCCUUAAGGUUGAAUUUGCAGCCAUCCAUUUGAAUGACAAAGCAUAUCUGGAGUUUCUUCCUGAUUCCCUUAGAUAUCUCCAUUGGGAUGCAUACCCUUGGAAAUCCUUGCCAUCAAAGUUUUCCCCAAAAAAUCUUGUCGAGCUUAGUAUGCGCUUAAGCAAACUCCAGAAACUUUGGAAUAAAGGCCAGAAUCCUCAACACUUAACAAGGAUUGAUCUUAGAUACUCGGUGGAGCUUGUUGAAGUUCCAGAUAUGUCAAAGAGUUUAGAUAUAGACUUACUUAUCUGA